CCCUCUGCCCCCACCACCCUCUCUCUUUCUCUCUCUGGUCAAGGCGUUGAAGUCACACUUUGUCUCCGUCUCUUUUCUCCGUUUCCCACCGCUGCCGCAGCAGCUUCCUCCGGCGGCGAAGCGUUACGGUCUUUCAUUCGUCGAUAGGCUGUGGUCGCAACAGUAAACAAUGCCAGCACAGAAGCGGUUGCAUGGGUCUCUGGAGGAGCACGAGGAUGCUCUGCGCGCCAACAGCGUCGAGAAGCAAGAAGAUGAAGUCGAAUCCGAUCGAAGCAACUCUUUGAGCAACGGCGACAAGGAGGAAUAUGUGGUUAUAAAAUUGGCAGAUGUACGCAAGGAAGUUCAGUGCCCCAUCUGCCUAGGCAUCAUUCGGAAAACAAGAACUGUAAUGGAAUGCCUGCAUCGCUUUUGCAGAGAGUGCAUAGACAAAUCUAUGCGUCUUGGUAACAAUGAAUGCCCCGCUUGCCGUACACAUUGUGCUAGCCGACGCUCACUCAGGGAUGAUCCAAAUUAUGAUGCCUUGAUUGCUGCUCUCUAUCCAGAUAUUGAUAAGUAUGAGGAGGAGGAAUUGGCAUUACACGAAGACGAGGUGACUCACAAUAAACAGAAGAUUCAAGCUUCCAUUGCUCAGACUCUUAGACGACAGACAGAAGCAUUGGGUAAGAAACGGAAUGCUAAAUCAGCAGCAGUGGCUUUCGUAAGGAGGUCACAAGGUAACUAUCGAACCUCAAAUAUGAGGAGAAGAAAACGCUUCAGAAAUGCAGGUGAACAAGAAGUAUCCGAUGACAAUGAGGGUGUGAAUGAUAAUGAAGGGGGGAAGGGCUCAUCUUCCUGUGAUGAGCAGACUGAAAACAGACCAAAAAGAUGCAAAAGAGGCGGAGAAACACAGUUUCCUCAGCAUUCUGCCUCUACUGACGCGGAUGUAGCCGGAGAGGAAAAUACUCCUGAAGGGGAUAGAGAUGUCAUAACUUCAUCUGGUAGUACACUUGCCUGGGGGAAGAAUGGACAGCGGAGUCACACCCGAGGAAAUGGCAAGAAUUCUGCCAAUGGGAAAAAUUCCAAAAACAGUCGCAUCUCCAAGUUGGUUGAUCGUCUUCACAGCUCUGAAGAAAAUGAUGACAGGUCGGAUAUCUUUCUUGUGGUUGUCUCUAUGGAUAAACAAAGAGGACCAAAUUUGCAGGAGCCAUACCUUCAGUGCAAGCCUACAUUGUCAGUCAGUUCACUGAGCAAGUAUGUUGCAGUUAAGACUGCACAGCAGCCAGAUGAUGUUGAGUUAUGCUUGGUAGAAGAGCCGGGAGAGCCGCAAGUCAAUAUUAUAAGAGGUGAAAGAACAGUUGAUCCAAAAAAAGAUAAGGUACGUGCUCUAGGAGAACAAGAAACGUUGGCUGAACUGAAAAGUUGUAACCUCAUCCGUGGUUAUCUGCUCAUGGCUUAUAAGAGGAAGUUGUAGAAUUCAGUUCGCUCGAACUGAAUGAUGAACAGUCAUCUGAACCAUUCUUUGCUAAGUGCACAAACAUAUAAUUAUACGGAACACGGAGAAAUCAUAGAUAGUUUUCAACAUUUAUCUAGUAAGUGCCUUCCUCAUAUUAUAAGCCGAAGGGGGCUGAUCUUAGUUUGUAAAUAAGACAGUAAAGAAAAACCACAGGUAGAGGGUAUUUUGAUACACAACAGGUUUCGUAAAUCUUCACAUAAAUAUGUUACUAAGUUGCAUUCAGUGGCCAUUCAUGUCACAUCGGUGGCUAUGGUAAGUUUGUCCGUCAGUUUGUGUUUGUGUGUGGUAAAACACUACGGUUUGUUUUUUUCAUUACAAAUGUGGUUUUAUUUUUUAUUUUUUCAAAUAUCGAAAUGUACCGAAGACAUAUUGAUCAAUUU